UUCUGCAGUACACACUUUGCGAAGAAGCGUUGACUAAAUACUACGAAGCAUCAACAGUCCCACGACAGCGGACAUGUCAGUCAACUUCCUCAGCCUCCCCAGUGAACUCCGCAACAAGAUCUAUGAGGAAGUCUUAAUGGAUCAAGAACCUAUCGAUCCCUGGGCCCUUCCCUACCCAUUUCAACCGCUCACUAUGGAGCUCCUCCGUGUGAAUAAGACAAUCCACCGCGAAGCCAGCUCACUGCUUUACGCUCAGAAUCGCUUCGACCUCACGGUGCACAGUCCUGAGCUUGUAGAUUCUUUCCUCGAUAAGAUUGGGCGCAACAACGCAAGUCAUAUACGGCAUAUAUGUAUCAGCUUUCCCGAAGUCCGCUAUCUAGACCUACACGAUGUCACCCUCGCGGACGACAGCGAUCAUAUCCUUGCAAAGAUCCAAACGGAUUGCAUCAACUUGCGCACCCUUACUACGUCCCUGGACAGCAUAUAUGUGACGGAGGGUGGGCUCGAUGAAACUGGCAGCCCCAGCAUCGUUGUCGAGACAUUUGCGCUGGUUGAUUCUCGACUCAGAGCCAUUCCAUCCUUACAGGAAAUCAUUGUCGAGGUGUAUGAGAAGGAUGCUAGUGCUUAUGUAAGAAGGGAGAUGGAGAGUCACGGAUGGACGAUUAGUGUAAAAGAAAAUGAGGAACUGGAAGAGUGGUACUCCGACAGGAGUUUUAGCGACAUGCACGGUGAUGAUGAUCACUCUAGUUACGACGGUGGUGAUGAUUACGACAUUGACAAUGACAGUGACUUUUGGAGAAGGGCGGGGGACUGAACUCUUGGAGGUCUAUUCUUCUGCGCCGGGAGAAGAGGAGAGGACGAA